AUGUUUCAAUUACAUAUUCUUGUAAGACAUUUUCAUCAGAGAUCGAUAUUACAAAAUCAUAAGCUCUUGAUACAAAGAUUAUUACGCAGAGAGAAUAUGAGUACAGGAACAGCGGAAGACGUCAAAGCUGCACUCGCGGAACAAGCGGAUUCCAAACGAAUUCCUGUUCUACAACGUUUCUUCAAAAGCGGUGAAGGUGAAUACGCGCAUGGUGACGUUUUUAUUGGUGUUCGCGUUCCUGACAAUCGUCUAGUAGCAAAACGCUUCUCUACACUAUCUCUGAUCGAAAUCGAUCAACUCUUGAACAGUCCUAUCCAUGAACACCGUCAAUCUGCUCUCUUCAUUCUUGUUUAUCGAUAUCUUGCUGCAAGUCGACCAUCGACACGCGACGAUAAACUCCGCGGUGAAUUAUCUUCAUUUUAUGUCAAAGCACUAAAGCGCGGUCGAGUGAAUAAUUGGGAUCUUAUUGAUGCGUCCGCUGAACAUUUACUUGGAGAUUAUCUACAAGAUCAAUCCCGUCAGUUACUUUAUGAUUUAGCAUCAAGUUCUCAACUGUGGGAAAGACGAGCAGCGAUUAUUGCUACGUUUGCAUUUAUCAAACGAAAAGAUGGAUCAACAACAUUCGAUCUUGCAAAACAACUUCUACAUGACCGUGAACCUUUGAUGCACAAAGCGGUCGGAUGGAUGUUACGUGAAACCGGUAAACGAAUUAGUAAGAAAGUUCUGACAACAUUUCUUGAUCAGCAUGCUGCACACAUGCCACGUAUUAUGUUAAGUUAUGCGAUUGAACAUCUUUCUGCUAAACAACGAACACAUUAUCGUAGUUUGAAAAUUUGA